AUGGACAUCUCCACCUCGCACGUGUUUGACUUCCCAAUGCCACCAUCUGCGCCCGCAUCGCCAAGAUCAAAUCGACCGUCAAUGCCGCGACGCCACACGAUAGUGCUCAAGGCAGAGGCCGAUGAUGUAUCAGGCCCUCCAGCGCCCGCGCGAGCACCUCCGCCGAUACCAAAACAGUGCGAAGAGAUUAUCUUUCGCAACCCCUGGCUGCAGGACCGGCCUGUUAUAAAUGAGUCAAUAUCGGCCAUGUUCCACCCUGUGAUGCAUCUUAACAGCGCCCCAGAAUCAAAGUUCAGCGUUGACAGCUCUUGCUGGGGCGAAGAUCACCGUCGCGACUCAUUGGCUCUGGACGAACCUCGACAGUCGCAAUCGAGCAGCUGCGCUGCCGAGUGCGCAACCUCAGCAGGCGACUCAGUCACGAACGAUCCGCGAAUGAGGUCACACAGCCACACGACAGAUUACGACGUAGAAGACGAGAUGUUCUUCAGCACAAUGCAAGCCUUGCUCACAAUGCCACCGCCACCAGUCGAUGAAGAUCUGACCCCGACCGAGACGCUGCCGAUCCUAGCGCCUGCCAGGUCGGAUUUUGUUGAAGGUCUCAAAUUUGUGCUCUCUGGAAUGAGUCCAGCUGCGAGUGGCUGGCCUUGUCCGUGA